AUAAUCGGAGAAAAUAUGCCGAGCGUGCUGACGUUGCAAUCACGUGACAUGAAAGCGCGACUCGACUAUACGCGAUAUAUGCACGACGACGAUCUACGAACUAACGCAACGUCUUUCUGCAAGGCACAUGUACUUCUUGGGAAUCCACCAUUGUUAUUGGGAUCGGCCGACGUAAAUUAGCGUUGUUUUGCGGGACGAUUUUUCCGUCAAGAGGAAGGAAAUACGAUUUUGUGAACAUUUCUGUUUGACCGUGUACAAUUGGACUUUCAGAGAAGACUUUAUUUUAGUAGAAUCUUGGUAUAUUAUUGGAUUUACAAGGCAAUGUCUGCGGCGGCAGGAGUUGAACAGAAACCAAGAAGUCAGAGGAGCCAAGUACCAAAUGGACCGAUAAACCCUAAGGAGAAUGUUGCUGAAGGAGAACUAGAACGCUACAUGCAGUCCAACCAGCCCGCCCAUCAGGGGUACUCUUCGGCACCGAGUAUGGCUGCACAGGAUUCCUAUAUGCCAACAACGUACUACCAGUCACCUUACUCCUUCCCAUCGUACUCUAUUCCUGGAACUGAAACAACAUGGUCCACAGGUGGAGACACCUUUAACAAUUUUAACUACACAAGCUAUGAGUCGAACUAUGCUGCUCCGGACUACUACAACCAACCUGGCACCACCCCUCCCUACUUGAACCAGACCUUCAACUUUUUCCCUCCCAAUGCAGACUUUAUGCCAGGGACCUGGGCGAGUAACUCUGCUCCCGCUGCCCAACCCCAGGGAACAGCUCGUACCCAGCCACAGGCCCAGGCACCGACUGGCUCUUACUAUGACUACCCUAGGUACCAGGCUGGCCCGACUUCUAUGACUGGACAGCGUAACUACAGCCAGGGUUUAAAUGGACUUGACGCACAGGAUGGCAAAGCCCAUGGAAUGAAGGCAAUGGAAUUGGGAAUGUCUGGACUGAACAUCGGUGCUCCCAUGGAUAAGACUGCUAUGAAUGUUGCUGGACGUGAAGUUCUGAAGCAGGAUGUGAUUCCUCCUAAGCCUCAAGGGCCCAGCUUCUCUCAGGCUGUGGCUGGGGCUGGAGGAACUGCACAACCCCCUCCUCAGAACACAGCAGUGCCAAAGCAAACAUCGUGGGCUGCCAUCGUUAGUAAGCCUGCAAAGCCGCAACCCAAGAAAACAACAAAGACUGGAUCCCAUGCUCCCGUACCUACUCAGCUUCCGACAAUGAAGCCCCCAAUGACUAUUGGAACUUGGAAUAAUUGCGACAAAACUGGCACUCCUAAGCCAGCUGGGACUGCCACCACCAUGCCCUCUCCCCCUCAGAACCCAGCACAAGCCCAGCCCCAACCUCCUGCUGCCAUCCCUCCUCAGCAGCAUAUCCAGGUGCCACCUCAGCAGCCUCCCAUGCAACCUCCACAGCAGCAGAUGCCAGUUCACCCUCAACCGCAAGUGCAACAUGUCCAGCCUCAGCCAGUUGCCAAGAUUGAGGUUUCUCAACCUCCUCUCACUUCAGCUCAGCCUGUGUCCCAGCAAAAGCCAGUGUUGCCAACGAGCGACGUUCCACGGAGGGGACCUCAGGCUGUUGUGCAACCGCAACCCCAACAACCGAGAGUGUGGGACUCGAAUGGACAGAAUCGUGGCUAUGGACAAAGAUCUUCUAACCAAAGCAGUACCGCAGGUCUGGCACCCAUAUCUGGUGUACCGGGCCAGAAAAAUGAUACAGAUAGCCCGGUAUUGGAGAAAUUACGUUCUAUUAAUGACUAUAAUCCUACUGACUUUACACUUGACCUUAAGAACUCUCGAAUCUUUAUCAUCAAGAGCUACUCAGAAGACGACAUCCAUCGCUCCAUUAAGUAUGGCAUCUGGUGCAGCACCGAGCAUGGUAACAAACGCUUGGAUGCUGCCAUGAAGGAACGCCAAAGUAAAGGUCCUGUGUACCUUAUUUACAGUGUGAACGGUAGUGGGCACUUCUGUGGAGUGGCAGAAAUGAUGUCUGAGGUGGACUCUACAACCAACACUGGUGUGUGGGCCCAGGAUAAGUGGAAGGGUCGUUUUGAUGUGCGAUGGAUAUAUGUGAAGGAUGUUCCAAACAGCACGCUUCGGCACAUACGGCUGGAGAACAAUGAUAACAAGCCUGUGACCAACUCUCGUGACACUCAGGAAGUGUUAUUGGACAAAGCUAAGCAGGUGAUGAAGAUCAUUCACAAUUUCAAGCACGAGACCUGCAUCUUUGAUGAUUUCAACCACUAUGAGAAACGACAAGAGGAGGAUUCUAACAGAAGGGGAGACAGCCGUAGCAGCCGACGUGGAGGUCACCGAAACUAAACCCCCUUGGAGAGGUUUGUAAGAUGGCUGUCAGCUAAUUUCUGCAGAGUCGUCGAAGAUUAUGUCAUGCUUUAAAAUAAAAUAUUAUUAAAACAACCUAUCAUCUAGGGUUUAGAAAUCUGCUUCAAUUGUAAUUGCUAAGAAAAAAAAAUAUUGAAAAAUUAUCUGAUGUGCAGGAAACAUUGAAUAAAUUCUGGUCUGUAUUUUGCUUUCAAUGAUAUGGAAAGUCUUGUGCUAUUGGCAGCCCCUUUCGGACAGGAGAAACGGAUGCAUUGUAUUAAUAGUGAAGGUGUGAUGAAUGCACUGGAGAAGCAGAUGGAAGCUCAGCUCUGAAGGAAGGCGCUAGAUUGUGGAGACUCUGUCCAAGAUAGUUGUCAAGUUCCUUUCAGAAAGCCAUGAUAUUUGAACUAAGGGCUUCUUUUGGUAUGCGAUGGUUAUUCAAAAUACAGCAAUGUUUGGAGAUUUCAGUACAAGGAUGAUCAAGGAUGACUUCAUAGGUCAGCUAUUUCAUUUGACAACACAAAUUACAAGGAAUGGUGUUACUUCUGCACUAAGGCACUAAAGGGAAGCCUCUUGGAACGAAUCAAGUGAAAAAUGCAAAAACUUUAUCAUAUAUCCAGUCAUUCUGAUACAACUUGUACAUUGGCUACAUCAGUACAGAAAGACACUUUAAAAGAGGCACCACUUGAUUUUUAAGUUUUAUUUUCUUGUGAAACUUGUACCCAAAUAUCAGUAGCCAGUGUUGAUGUUGGUGGUGUCCAUUCUUAUAUUCGACCUGAACGUUUGUGUCAGUUAUGCCGAACAAGAACUAGACAUUACACAAUGGACAAUACAUUACAAGACCUUGUUUUCAAAGACAAUUGAUGUUUAAGAGACACUUUGCAACGACAAAAAGACCAACGUGACGUGGAAUGGGAAAAAAAAGUAUUGAGGAAAAGAAAUGGUGUGAUGACGUAUUACAUGUACUGCAAUGGCUUUGUGCAAGAUUCACAUAAGAAUACUGAGACACUGUGAACAACCAGUACCGGGCUACUAGUAUGAUACACACUCCUUGUCUUCUCUCAAUUUGUUUUGUGUACCUUUCGUUUUCACGUUCAUUGUCAAAUGAGGAAAUUUGAAGGGUUACCGGUAGUUGUGUACAAGCACGCUGGUUUUGUUUGUUGCUUCAGAAAUGAAUUUCUCUUCCAAGUCUAAAUUUCCGCUGAGCUGUUCGUUUACAAUCGAAGAGCAUACAUCACAUCACUUUUCAUCUGUUUACAUGUUAGUUGAAUGCGAGGUAUAGUUUGUGUUCCAUUAUCAAGGUGGGAAUAUGAAUUACAACCAGGGAAAAAAAUAAAAUGGGGCCUCGGGGCGAAUUCACCCCUGAAAUGCCCUGGAAGACUAAACAAAGAACCCCUUGAAAUUCCCUUAGGCCCGUAUUCUGAUGUCAGGUUUAACUUAGACCACGGUCUAACUCUGCUAAAAUUAUGGGUAGCCGAAAAUUCAAACAUUCUGUUUCUAUAGUAUAUUUCUUAUGUUUACUAUUUUGUGUCAUUUUGCUUUCAUAGUGAGGAAAAAUACUUUAAAAUACCUCAGUUAUCAUUCCCACACAAUUAUGAACAAUUUGGGUGUCAUUACGAGUUACUAAAUUGGCUGUGUACCUUUAGGGAUUUGUGCCCCAAUUGGCUCUCCAUAGUUGAACCACAACUUUAAACCAGGGUUUGAUUGAAACCCGAGUUCAGAAUACGGGUCAUAGGGUCUAAUAUAAACUGUAAUGCUAUUUAGCAAAAUGUCUGGUGAUCUAAAAAAGGAGCCCAGAAAAAUCAUUAAUUCUAAUAUGGUGUUUAUGUCACAACAUAAAAAGAAUUCUCUCUAAAAGGUCCAACUUUUUAGUUUUAUUAGCUGUUAUGAACAAGCAAUAUGUAAAGCUACCCUAUACCCUCAUGAUUUUAAUUAAUUUUUAAAGUUGUUUAUGUAGUGUUUAGGAAUUUUACAAAUCACAGUUGUCAAUUUCAAAUUUUCAAUUCUUGGAGAAUCUCUUUUGUUGUUGUUAAUUGUAUGUACUACGAACUAAGGAGCACAUUCUGGAUUUUACGUGUAUCGUAAAUGUAUGAAUAGUUUCCUGGAAUAACUCUUUUAUUGGAAAUUUUUUCUUGUGAAAUAAACAUGAUGAAUUCUUGCUUGUGUUUCUCUUCUGAAUGACUAAAAAAAUUGAAUGCUCAAAGAACUAUUUUUUUUUAGAUAAAAAUUAUUGCCUCCCCUUAAAAAGAAAAAGAAUUGUGGAUUCCAUAUGCUAUCCAUAUACAGGUUGUUCAUAAAGUCAUCCACAAUAAGUAUCAUUAUGUAAGAUGUUUCCCGACAUCAUCAUCACUAGUUAUGAAUUGCACUAAAAACCACUGGUUGUGGUGAUCAAAAACGCAUCAUUCACAACUCAUCACCCCUUUCGAUAGAUUGCACGAGGAGAUCGGUGACAUCACACCGACAAUAUCGCCAUGUCUUAGGUUCCUCAUCGGCAGUAUUUUUUUAAAUGAUGUGUCACAAUGUGCAAUCUACGUGCAUUGUGACAAUUUUCUAUCGCCACGUAAGUAAUAUACAGUAUUAAGUGCGCUCUAAGCUCCAGCUAGUCGUUGCGUCUACCAGUGGUGAUCGGUAGCGUCUUUCAGACAUAAACGUCACUUGUUAUCCAUAGCAUACAUGUAAAUGCUGUCCAAGUGGUGAUAGAUCUCGAUCAAUCCUUACCACUUCUCGUUAAAAGAUCAAUGAAAGUGGUUGCAUUAAAUGCCGAUUUCAAGAGAAAGUCUGUAAAACCAAGGUUAAUUGUCACUUUCUCAUCCUUCAUCUAGAUCUGGAUCAGUUACAUGAACUGAAAUUUGUGAAAUCAUGAAAUCUAAGUUGAAAAACAAUCACACUGACAAUCGCUAACACAGAUAAGCACACAUGGGACAGUGUAUUUUUGUUGCAUGGAGAAAGACCUAAAACAUAUAUGGAAUACCAUGCUUAUUUGGGGAAUUCCUCGGCAAUUACACAAGUUUUUUCCUGGAAUAUUUUGGCUCAUAUUUUUGUAUUUCUACGUACCGACACUGGGAGUCAUUUUAUUGGAUUCUUGAUGAACUUAUUUUGAAAUCGUUACCACAACUGGCAUUUAUAUGGCAUGGAAGUGUUCAGAUGAUUCAUCUUUCACCACUGGUUAUUGAUACGUAGUGUUAUUGAUAGUGCUAUCCAUCUUCUUGAUUGAUGAUAAAGUCUGAAGGGAGGGGGGGGGGCUUGUGAUUCACCUACCUAUAAGUAACUUCUUCUUUUUUCUUUUUUUUUGGCAAGAUGAUUAGUUGAUGGUACUUUGGCCCCCCUCCCAUGGGAUUUGUGCGUAACCUUGUUCAAAACAAAUGCGAUAAAUCGUAACGGGGGGAUACAUGCUGUCCAUGGUCCAUGCAGUAUUUUGAAUUAUCCUCUGAUAUUACAUACCUUUUAAUAGAUAUCGUUUAUACUUGCAUUUCAGCUCCUUUCAGUAAGUGUCUGAUCUAAUAGCAUUUGUACGUUGAAAGUUCUUAUCACAGCACAUACUGUUUUCGGUUCCAAUACCUUUUUUUUUCUUGCGUUACGAAGAUAACUGCGGCACUCAGGAACUUGUUUCGUUGUUUUUGUGUGUUUAAGUUACGAAGUGAACUCAGUUUUUCUAAUCUCUAUUUUCAUUUCAAGAGCCUGUUAAUUGAGUGUUUUGGUAAACAAUGCGUUCUGAAAAAAACACACUUAAAAGUGGUUUCUAGGUUGAUAUACAGCUUCUACAAAUAUCUUCAUUUUUAAUUUGUGAAUCAUGUUUCAUUUUCCAUAAGCUCAAAUAAUAGACAAGUAAUUUCCAUUUAUGAUAUUUUAUAUCUCAUUGUAUUCUAUUUUUUUUAAUUUCCAAUCUAGCCUUUCAUGUAUACUUGUAAUCUGCAUUCUGUAGAAAAUUCCUUAGUGGUUUCAGCAGGGAUCAUUCAGUAAUCAUAUGUUUCUUUUCGUUACCAUUCAAUUGAUCGAGAUUAAAAUAUCUUCCACUAUUUUAUAUGUUCUUAAAUCCAUCGAUAACCUCUUGUACUAGGUUGGAUGUAGUUUUUUGUCAGUUCUAGUUUGCUUUAUAGGUAUGUUUUGUGACAUAAUGCAAGAAUUACAUUGCCAGAAGGUUGACAUUUCAUGCAAACACGACCUUUGACAUUUACACUCCCAUCUUGCACGCAAAGUUAACACUUGUAUUUACCAAAACACAUAUAUUUUGUUGUUGUCGCAAACUUUUGAAAUGGGAGAUUUAAAAAACACCUACCAAACGUAUACUAAACAAUGGGACUUGUAAGAUUGACUUUGAUUUUAACGGGAACUUACCUACCAAAAAAAAAUUUAACUGGACUCACUCACCUCGUCAAUCUGUUAAAUGAUGUGGCCAUAAUUUAAUAAAAAAAGUGUGAUGAUGUUUUUAAAUUUGAUCUUGGUACUUUUAUUUAUAUCUUUGUCUGAUGGAUUAUGAGUGAUUAAAUGUAUUUCAUAACUUUAAAAAGUAAGUGGCUGUAGUUUAACUAUAAUUAUUAUGUUAACUGUUUUAGAGGAAAGUGAGAUUACAAAAGUUACAAAAAUGAUGUGUUUUACUGUUACGGCAGUUUCUUAUACAUGUACUCUCUAUUGGAAGGGCGGCGUUUGCACCAAUGGGUCUACAAUUAAUUGCACACGUUAUAGUAGAGCUUUAUCUAGUAUUUUCAUUAUGUGUAACUGCAUUGCAAGACUAUAAUAUAUCUGCAAUGCUAUGUCUGUCAUUGAAAGUGAGCCCAUUGUUUUUAUAAUUUGUCACAAGUUGAAAAGAAUCUGGCAAUUUUAACUAGAAUGAUAUUUGUGAUAUUGACUAAAAGAGUAUUUGUGUUUUACAUUGUUGUAGUCUUGUUUCAGACUGUAACCUGUAUAAACCAUAAUUGUGAAUCCAAUUGAGUUGUGGAGGAAUGGCUACCACUUUCAUGAAAAGAGUUACAGUCAUACGUACUGUAUUUAAAAAAUCUAGCUUUUAAUCUUGCAGUUGGCAACCAUUUUGUGAUUUUGUAUCCAGUGUUGCAUAGGAUCUGAAGGUCGAGAACAUUUUAAAAUCUACACACUAUAUGUGAAACAAGAAAAACAUUGAUUAGAUAUGAAUAAAACCACAUUGGAAUCAGAAUGUAAA